AUGUUGAAGACUCUCAUCAAACCCAUGCAACUUUUAACGGUAGCGGUCAUUAUUGCUUGUAUGAUACAAAUAGGAUCUGUCUAUGCGGACCACAUAGUUAUUCUUUGUCCCUCGUCCACAUCCCCACAAGCGAUUAUCAAUUAUUCAUAUCCGAUUGCCGUAAGGGUAAUUUCUUCCGACAUGGCUACCUUAAAGAACCUCAAAAUAAACAUUCUCUCCUCAAGCAACAACACAAUUGAGGAAUUAACGAGUGUGGAUAGAAAAAAUCCUAAUGGGGCUUUUAAUGUUACUACAUUCUGGCAUGUGGAUCCGGAGAAAUAUCAACCAGGCAUUCAUUACAUAGAAUUUGAGAAGAAUCUGGAAUAUGUAUACAAUGGCACCCGGGUACCGAUACAAGAAAUGGAGUACAUAGGUGUCGAUGUUGAGAAUGAGGAUGUCAAUAAUACGAACAAUGUUUGGUGUCCACCAGGUUCUGCAUCUAGCGAAUAG